UGUGUUUCGUGAUUCCCAGCGGCGAGGCCAGAGCGUUCCCCCACUUGUGACCGGCAGCAGACGCUCCGCGCGAGGUACCGGUCUUCUUCCUGGCUGCAAGCCCCCUCGUAAUGUCGCGCGUGUGAUCGUUGCAGCUCAUCUUUGCUUCCUGAGUGCCAGCGCCAGCGCCAGCGCUUCCCACUGCGUUCGAGCGAGCGAGCGAGAGAGAGAGAGAGAGGACGUCGAAGAAGGUCGAAGGGAGAAGAAGGGGGCAGGGACUGGGGCUGGGGUUGGGGUUGGGCCUGUGAAGCGAGGGGUUCUCGGGGGAGCGUAUGGUGCGGGGAGGAGAGCGGGAGGUCGAGGAGUUCGGGGGCUGAGCUUGUCCGCUUCACCGUGGCUGGGCAGAGGGCGCGGCGCUAUUUUCACGAGCUCGGAAAACCUCCGAACGAAUGCGCGGGGCUGGGCGACAGGCGCAAGUUUGACAGCGCGCGACGGGGUUGCCGAUGGCGGAAGGGGAAUUGUGAGUCUUGCUUGCCUUGGCUCGUAAGAGCAAAGGAGCAUCAGCAUCACCAGAAAGACGAGCCCGACGACGACGCCGAGGCCGAGGCCGACGACGACGACGACGACGACGACGACGAGCAGCGCCAUCAUCAUCAUCAUCAUCGCCACCUCCACCGCUCGAAGAGCCUUAAUCAGCAGCAGCAGUGUUUUUGCGGGCCUCUGCGCAAGAGAGGAGGUGAGGUGCAGGGAAACGACCGAGCGGGGGAAUGGUGGGAGUGGGAGUGGGAGUGGGAGGAGCAGCAGCAGCAGCAGCAGCAGCAACAGGUGUUGUUGUCGUCGUCGGUUCGGGCGUUAAUGGGGUUGGUGGUGGAGGAGGAGGAGGAGGGGCUGCGUUGAGCGGAGGCGGGAGUGAUGGAGGAGCAGGAGAGGAGAAAGUUCGAAAUCCGCGAUGGAUGAUGCACGAGACGGUGGUGUUGGUGGCAGCGAAGAGGAAGCACGACGAGGAGGCGGGCGAUGAGUACGUGCCGGCGCACAAGAAGUGGGGAGCGAUUGCGGUCGAUGUCAAGGAGAAAGGGGUGGACAGGGACGCCAGGCAAUGCCGCAAAAGAUGGAGCAACCUCUACCAAGAUUAUCGAAGAAUCCGCGACUGGUUGCGCAAGAGCGGCGUGGAGCCCUACUGGACCAUGCGCCAUGACAAGCGCCGCGACAACAAGCUCCCCGGGAGUUUUGACCCUGAGGUUUACGCGGAUAUGGAUGCCUUUCUGUCCAAGAAGCGCGGCAUCACUCCCCGUGCCGCUUCUGAUUCCGCCCAGCCCAUCCACGACGAGGGCCUGGGCUCCGAAAUUGAGCAAGACCACGAAGGUCACGAUGCCGCCGAUGUUGGCAGCGGUGAUGGCAGCUCUGCUCCCGGAGGCUCAGAUAAAGAGCAGCCGACGGACUCGGCGGGAGAUGACAGAAAGAAGCGCAAUUCGAAGUGGACGAAGCACGAGACGGUGGUGCUGCUGGUGGGCAAGACCAAGUACGACUGCAAGGCCAAAGAAACGACGGCGAGCUCCAAGGCGGUGCGGUCGGACGAGAAAUGGGACAGCAUCUCGGCCUACUGUAAAGCGAAUGGCGUGGACCGAGACGCGCAGCAAUGUCGCAAGAGGUGGAGCAAUCUGCACAACGGCGACUACAAGAAAAUCCGGGACUGGCAGAAGAAGAAUGUGGAGUCGUACUGGUCCAUGAAGAGCGAGAAGCGACGGCAGAACAAAUUGCCCGGCUUCUUCGACCAGCAGGUGUUCGCCGUCAUGGACGCCUUCUGCACGAAGAAGGCGAAUGGCGAGCUCGACGGCGCUCGAUUUGCCAACCUCACGGCUGUCGAGGACCUCUUGCUCUCGGAGGUCGAGCAAGAUCACGAGGAACCGAGCGCUCCGGACGGUGGACGCAUUUGUAGCGCCCCUGCCCCCGAAUCAGGAACUCUGUCGUGCAGAGUGGAGCAAGCAGGGGUGGCGUCCGUGGGGGCAUCAGUGGGGCGCAAGAAGAGGAAGCGGAUGCCGAAUGGCGUCGAAGUGGACGAGCACAAGGAUCACAAGGACCAUCUCACCGCGAUUUUGGAGAGCAGCGGCAAGGCCAUGCAGGUGGCGCUGACGGAGAACAUCCAAGCUCAGAUUGAAGCCCAGAAACGCAACUGCGAAUUGGACCGCAACCAGAGAAAGCAGCAGGGAGACAAUCUCGUCGGCGUGCUAAGCAAACUGGCGGAGGCAAUGGCUAAGAUAGCGGAGAAACUGUAGAUACAUGUCCACUCCCCCCCCAUUCCCAUCCCCUCGCUUCCUCGCCCUCGCCCUCGCCCGCUCCCUCGCUCGUGCCCUCGUUCCAGUCCCCUUUUGUAGAGUAUCCAUGUGUUUUACUUGUAUCAUAUUCUGCCAUACUCCCAUACACAGUCAGUGUCAGUGUCAGUGCUAAGAUUAGAUUAGAUUAAACGUAGCUAGCUGCUCGACUUACGUAAUCCGCUGACCCCUUCCCCGAUCCCUCGGUGCUACGAUUGUAUUUUAGACAUCGCUCUUUGCAGGUGUCAGAUCAUGAUGCCGUAUGUAAAAUGUUGAGUUUUUGAUCCGCCCGCCCGCCCCCAAGUCACUCCGGGCCUGCUGGCCACUUCUACGAAGAGGUGGAGGACGAUGGCUCGAGUGGCAACCGACCGACCGACCGACCCACGCGGGAGUGCAACCGCACGACUCAUCCGUCUCCCGCUGUACAUACUCCGUGUAUCUCAUCAAAAAUUACCCCGCUUCAUCAUUCAAUCCGAGUUCCCUCUCGUUGUACCGGAUUCGUUCCGAUUGUCAUG